UGUCCACGGAUUUGUUUUAUCUCCGUCGAUUGGUUCCCCGCAGCACAGGCGAGCGCACUUUCUCUCCGGAGAAUGUAGUGGUGUGUGAGCAAACCUCAUCCCGCGAAGGCCGAUUUAGCUUUCUAGUCGCGUUUCCGUUCGUUUCCACCGCGAGAAGCAACGGUGCGUCAACAAGAGCGUGGAAAUUCAUCGCAAUAUACGGAAUUUAUAUACAAAUCACCGUUAUUCGUUUCUGUCGUUAUACUAUCGCGUACGAUUCAUCAUUCACGAAUUUAGUUCGAGUUGCUUGAUUAUGAGCAGUGGAUUCCUACAGUUUUAUACAAUUCACCGAUCAUCUGUUCGUUCCGUCAGUUUCUUGCUGUGUGCGAUUUUGUGAUCUUUAGAUAAACGUUAGCGAUACGUUUUCGAGCACCCGUAAGGAAGAUGAAGCGAUGGCAGAUGUCAUGAGAACGAAGGAAACGAGUGCUCUCGUGACGUUUUUAGGAUGUUUGCUCUUUUCUUACGUUUAUGCGCAAGAAGAUAAUGGAGAAUACAAAGGAAAAUAUCUGGGGAAGUUAAAUCCGUAUCAUCAUCAAGUCUCUGGCGAUGUUUGGGCAGUUGAUCAAUAUACCUUGCUGCUGACGUCCUUUAAUUAUGACGGCAAUGGCGCUGAUACGUUUUUCUGGGCAGGUGCAUCGAACAGACCAGGUCCGCAAGGAUUCAUCGUCCCUGAUGAGUGGGGCAAGACAAAUAUAUUGGACCGGUACUUCAACAAGGAUUUCACAUUGACUCUGCCAGAUAACAAGAAAAUUACAGAUAUCAAGUGGUUCGCGAUAUACGACCUAUCGAGUCAGAAUACCUUCGGUGAUGUGUACAUUCCGGAAGAAUUUGAGCCACCCGCGCCUCAGAAGAUAUCCCAGCUGUCGAAAAGAUCUCAUAAUAUUUCGUCAGAGCCUGUAGUGAUUCUGGACUCAAAAACUAUCAGCAUACCGCAAUUCAUCUACGAUGGGCAAGGCGCGGACACGUAUUUUUGGGUCGGUCUUGGUCCACAACCAUCUAGCAAAGGCCAGAAAGUACCUGACGAAUACGGAUACUUGAAUUCUCUCAGAGCGUAUAACAAUGAAGACGUGAUAUUGGAGCUGCCGGGUGACAUGACUAUCUUCAAUAUAGAUUGGUUGAGUGUUUACGAUGUGAAAACUAAAUCGAACUACGGCUCUGUCAUUAUACCCGACGGACUCAACGUACCACCGUCGUUAAUGAAAGUUAUCAAGCAAAGCGACUCUCUUCCGAAUUGCGUCCAGUUGCACAAGAGAUUUCAAGUCGCCUGGGAAAUCUUUGGCCCACAAAUUACUAUCCAACUGGCAGGUCAAGUCGCUGAGGAUGAAUACAUGGCGUUCGGUUUGUCUGGCUCGGAGGAUUCCAGCCGAAUGGAAGGUGCGGACGUAGCCGUCGCGUACAUGGACGAGACCCGUGGAUAUGCUACGGACUAUAAUAUCACAGCAAAGGCGCCAUGUGGGAAAGUUCUCGGUCAGUACAAAGGCGUUUGCAGAGACGAGCUCCUCGGCGGUUUGGAUAGCAAUCAACUCUAUACUGCAGUGAGAGAAAAUGGCAUCAACAUCAUCACAUACAGACGUACACUUAUUUCGUCCGAUCCCGGAGACAAGGAAUUUCUUACGGACAGACCUGUGUACGUGGUUUGGGCUCUAGGCAGACUCGAUAAAAUUAAUAACGAACCAAGCUUUCACGAUUUGUAUCAGAGGAGCGAUGUGGCGCUCGAGUUGAAUCGCAAAGAACCGGAGAAUACUUGCAUCGACUUCACAGAGAGUAACGAUAAAUUCGCAGAAAGGGAACCUUGGCAGAAAACCGAAAUCUUCGACAAAAGCGUGAGAACUUUCAAAGCAACUAUCGGACCUUCCGGUGGAAAAAGAGGAUAUCAAGGAAUCACAGGGAAACCGUCGGUGGGUCUUGCGUGGUACAUCGAAGGUGCGCUGAUACCAGAGCUUUAUCUGCGCCGAGGUUUAACGUACAGUUUUCGCGUUCACGGCGGAAACAAUCCGCACAGCGCAAACCUCUACCAUCCAUUGAUUAUAACCGAUGAGCCUCACGGAGGAUACGAUACACUCAGCGAUCUUGCGCAAAGUAAAGUUAGAGUGUUGGCUGGCGUUGAGUUGACUAGAAGAGGUCGACCACGACCGACCGCAGUCGGCCCGCUUUGUUUAAGCAAGCAUAAUGGUCGGGACAGAAGACUGGACGAUAAUUUUCCGUCAUUUAAGAAAUUUAACAGGACUCUCAUACAGGUCUGCGAGCAAGGAGAUGGUGGAACCUUGAUAGUGAAUCCAAACUCGUCGUGGCCUGACCUUGUUUACUAUCAAUCGUUUACGCACCCGAACAUGGGAUGGAAGAUUCACGUAGUUGAUUCUUAUACGAAAAACGCUGCAAUCACGUAUAAAUUAUCGUUAUUAAUUCCAAUUGUGACUGUGCUUUUUUAUCUAUUAUAAAGUUAGAUAUAAAAUAUGAUAACGUAUUUAUGGUACCAAAUAUCUUUCAACUUACGUAAAAAUGCGUUGAGUGGCUCGCAAAUUGAGCAACUUUAGACGCUUACGUGCUCAUUUUUAACAUAUUGUCGAUCCCUGCUCUGGAUUAGUAUGUAUAUCUCGAUGGCAUGUAUACAAAGCAGACUAUUUUGGUGGGAGAAUUAAGAAUCU